GCUCUCAUCUUGGUUCUUGGCAUCGACGUUGACCUGCCACCGGCCUCCUGUUGCCUCAGCUGCCUGCAAUCCCUUGCCCGAUUACCGAUAGUGUGCUCAGUGCAGUGCCCAGCUAUCCUAAGCCGCUCAAGACAUGACCGACAACCAGGAUGUUCUUCAGUUCCUAGAGGAUCUCGAUGCCAGCGGACACCCGUCUCCCUCUGUCCAGCUGCCCUCCAGCGCUGCCUCUGGAUCGAAAGACGAUGUCCUCAGCUUCCUGGACGAGAUUGCCAAUAGCUCUUUGCCAUCGGUGUCGCCCGUCCCCGCCGCGGCUUCGUCCACGGAGCCGUCCCCAAGCACCAAAGCUGCUCCGACCCCAGUCUCGGCCACAGCCGCCUCCAGGCCCGCAGCUGCAAACACCGGGGCCAAACAACAAUCCUCGUCCGCGAACACCAGCGCCAGCACCAACGCCAACGCCAACGUCAGUACUGGCAAUGCCUGGAACUGGUCCUCGAUUUGGUCGAACGCCCAGCAACAGGCGUCGCUGGUUGGGUCGGCGACUGUGUCGUCGCUGAGCAAAGGCUUGGAAACAGCCAGGAUCAUUGCCGACGAGACCACCAAGGCUGUCGUUACGAAUGAGGCCGUCAAGGACCUCUUCAGCGAAGGAAACAAAAUCAGCGACGAUCUCUCUAAAUUUACGCUGAGCUCUGUCAAUAACCUUGUCGACACGCUGGCCCCUCCUAUUCAACGAGCGAGCAAAGUGCCCACUGCCCUGCCUCUGUACGCCUCGACGAUCACGAUCUGGUUUUGCUUCGAGAGCUUUGACGACGACCGGGACCUGGACAUGCUCCACGACUUUUUGCAAUCGACCGUCAACGAGAUGUGGCUGGGUGGCAGCGGCGUGGAUCAUGUCGACACCACCUCGCCCCUGUGCGAGAAGGUGGUUGUGAACUCGGUCAAGGAUCCCGAGCCCAAAAUUGCCGAAGGCAUCGAGGCAGCCAUGUCGAAUGGCGAGCAUAUCCUUGGGCGUCUCCUCAAGCUGGCCGGAACCUCCAAGCCCGAAGCAGGCAACCAGCCUGUCGUCAGCCCUGAGCAACAAGUCUCGGAUGCCCCCGCCCCGUCGACAGCAGCGCCCCAGACCCUCUACGUCAUUCUCCAGCCCUUCACAACCCAGAUUGUCUCGCCGCUCCUGCCCGACUCCCCGCGGAUCCAGCUGCAGUAUCUGGUGAUAGCCUUGACGACGUCGCCCGACGGCAACAACAGCAACGGCGAGGUCUAUACCCUCACCAGCCAAAGCGUCUGCAAGUCUGGCGUCGAGGUGGAUGACGACGGGAAAGUUGUCAACGGCGGCGGCAAGUUGGACAAGUGGUCGCUGCACCAGCGGACCCGCGUGCUCGAGAAUCUUUUGACGGACUUGUGCGAAGAGUUCCGCUACCGAAACCAGGUCCUGCCCUCGACCGUCCACAAGACCGAGGCGGCAUGAGGCGGCGGAUCGGCGGCGGGAUGCCCGAUGUGGAUGCCCGAU